AUGAAUUCUCAUACAACGCCGCGCCCCUUUCCGGUGCGCUCAUUAGCAGGCGGCUCCAGUCACCCGCCGCAGUCCCGCCAUCCUGUCGCCCCCCAGGUCUCAUCCAACGAAGAGUACAACACAGUUCCUGAAGAGGACCGAGAGCACAUUGAUGAAGUCUUUGACCUCAUGGAUAUGAAAAAGAAGGGAUGGCUCAACAGCUACGAAUUCAGGCAUUCUCUAGCAGCAUUGGGGUUUGAAAUGUCCAAACCUGACUACUUUAAAGAGCUCGACACCUACGGUACUCCGCCGCCAGAGUGGCAGGACCAUAACUGUCCCACCAACCGCCUCUGCAUCUACCAAGACCAAUUCAGGCUAUGCGCCUCCAAGCUCUUGGCCAACCGAGAUCCUCGGGAGGAGGCCAUUAAGGUGUUCAGGAUGUUCGACUACGAUGGCGACGACAUCAUCACCUUUAGCGACAUGCGACGACUAGCCCAAGACAUCAAGGAGGAGAGGACAAUGACGGAUGAGGAGAUCAACAGCAUGAUUGAGCACCUGGAUCACGACGGCAAAAAUGGCGUGAAUCUUGAGGAGUUCAUCCAAAUGAUGGAGGAGGCUGGUUAA